AUGUCACAUCUCAAAGUGAAGAAACCAGAAGAAAAAAACCAUGGGUUCAAAUGGGGUAUUGAGAAAGGGGUUGGAGGGAAAAACAGGGACAUUAUUUUCUACGAGUCAUUUACAUAUGAAGGUGAGGAGUAUCUUGUUCAUGAUUGUGUUUACUUUGAUCUUGGACAACCCGAAGCUUUCAUUGGCAAGCUAGUGAAGAUGUUUGAGGGUCCAACCCAUGUUAAGAAAGUGAAAGUUGUUUGGUUUAUGCGUCCGAGUGAAAUUAGAAACUAUUUGGGAGAUUAUGAGCCGCGUUGGAAUGAGAUUUUCUUGGCUUCAGGUCGAGGGCGUGGCGUUUCCAAUAUCAAUCUUGUGGAAUCAAUUGUUGGAAAAUGCAAUGUUGUCUGCACAUCAAAUGAUCGUAGAAAUCCACAAGCAUCUGAAGCAGACUUGAGAUGGGCUGAUUACUUCUUCUGCUGCCAUUUUGAUGUUAGAGAGCUUGCAAUAUUGGAUGUUUUUCCAGAUAUGGUGGAUGGAGUUAAAGUGGAGCACUUCUUCAACAAGAAAAAAGAACAAAAGCCUCUAGGCCCUCCUAAUCUCAAAUCAAAUGUUAAGGAGCAAAUUGGGAUACCAAAUUUAUCUUCCACCAAGUUAAAAGUAGUGAAAGCAAUUGGAAAUACUGUAAAAGAUGACAAUUCUUGUAGUAGAGUAAGCUCAUUGGUGAAAGAAUCAAAGAUAGCUCCUGUUAUUAUGAGCAAGAAAUUGCAUCUUCCAAGUGAGAAUACCCUUCCAGGGCCUAAGACAUCUGUUCCUAACAGUAGAAAUCAGCAUUGUCGAAGUUCACACUGCCAAGUUCAAGAUGAAGUUGAUAAAGCUGAAGUGAAAUUCACUAAAGAUUCACUUACUAGCUCAGCUGAGAUCCAGCCUUAUAAAAAGAGGAAACUUUUUCUGGAUGAGAGGACAAGUGGCAAAUUUGAUAAUCUAGAUCAUCAACUAGGACAGGAUAGGGGCAUAAACAUUGAUAAUCAACUUGUACAGGUUUUAGGAAGAACGGAUGCACAUAGAAGAAAUUGGUUCUAUCGACUACCUUGGGGACAAAGACUUGAGAGAGCUCAAGAAGCAGGUAGUCUAAUCUCACUUGAUAAUCUGGAUGCAUCCUACACAUCAGCAGAAGUAGAGGAUCUUGUUUGGCAUGCAUUUAAAGAGAAAGUUGAAGCAAAAAUGAUAGAACAGAGUACCUUUUCUUGCCCAUGCUAUGGUAAGGCUCUUAUUAUAUUCAAGUCAAAAGAAGCAGCUGACUCAGCAAUUUACCAGUUAACACAGAGAUGCUUGAUGCUAGCAGAUGGGAGACCUCUAAUUGCUAGGAAAGAGACUUUGGUGAAGCCUGCCAAAUUAGCUGCAUUUGUUGGUCAUCUCACCAUUGACAAAGUCCAGCAUCAAAGGCAGAAUGAAGAUAUGAAAAAAGCAAAGUCAACAUCACAUGCUUCUCAGCCUAAUAGCAUUGAAUAUGAUAUGGGUACGGAGUGGCGAAUUCUACAACAAAAAUCAGAUAUAUGGUGGAAGACAUUACAUGAGCGACAAGCAAAGGAGAUACAAAUGGUUAGGAAUCAGCUAAAGAUGAAAUGCAGUAGCUAGUUGUAAUUGGAGGCAUCAACUACGUUCUGGUAAAGCACUUGAUCCAUUUUGUUUUUUGUUUUCUUGACCACGAGGAAGAAAAUUCAGACACACAAUCACCACAAGUAAG